AUGGCUUUCAAGACAGCAAUUUUGGUCAUCGUUCUAGCGGCGCUGUCGCCAAGCCUCUAUGACUUGGCACAGAAGUUAUUGUUAAUGUACAGCAAUGCGCCGGAGCGGUUUUUAACCAUAAAUAACCUCAACUCCUCUGAGAUAAAGUUUUCAGACACCAUUAGAAGCUGUGAAGAUGCCCUACUAGUUGAAUCUAAAGGCCUUGCUAUUGUUGCUUGCGACUCUGGACGGGAGGUGUGGAAUGCGGUAAUGGGAGUCUUCAUUCCGGGGCCAGUAGCUAACGCCGAGAUCUAUGCCUACAACUAUGGCAGUUCCGGCAUUCCCGACUCUGAGUCGUUGACCCGUUUUGAGAUACUGGGAUACGAGCCUGGUGCAGAUUUCCAUACAUUAGGUAUGGCUUACGACGAAGAUACUUCAACUCUCUUUGUUACAAACCAUCGUAAAGAGGGUAGAACUAUCGAGUUAUUCAACUUAGAUCUUGAUACAUUCACGGCCAAGCAUUUCCGAACAAUCCGUCAUCCUCUUUUUCGUAACCCAAAUUCGAUUGCUCUACUCAAUAGCCAGGAGUUUCUUGUUACGAAUGAUCACCACUUCCUCAUGGAGGAUUCUCGCUUCCUUUCUACAGCGGAGACCCUCCUAGGUCUCCCUCUCGCUACUGUCUUACAUGUCGACAUAUCACCCCUUUUGGAGGAUCCCGCUACGCCUGCCAAGGUAAAUAUCGUUGCUCGUCUCCCUUUCCCGAACGGUAUCGAGAUCGUAAACGAAACUACUGUGGCCAUAGCCUCAACUACCAGCACGGCAGUAUAUUUUUACACUAUUACGAAACCCAAGUCAGUCAACACAACUUCUCCCACACUUACUUAUAAAUCAAAAAUCAAGUUCCCUUUCUGGGUUGACAACAUUCAAAUCUCGGAAAGUGGGACUAUAUUUGCUGCCGGUCAUCCCCAUCCCCCGACGCUAAGUAAGUAUGCCUUUUCCCGCCACGACUGCGGCUCGCCUGAGAUAUUGGCUGCCGCAGAUCCCUCAUUCCAAGAGUACUGUAGAACAGCCCGAGCAUUUUCUGGGGUUUCUAAGUGGACUGAGUCAGGAGGUGUCGAACAUAUUUACUUUAGCGACGAGUACCCUAGUAGUUCUACAGCAGUGUUCGACUCCAAUAGGAAAGUCGGAAUAAUCACAGGUUUAUAUGCCAAUGGGAUACUCGUCUGGAGGGAAUGA